AUGAAGGCCUGGACUGUGGCUGCUGCUGUGGCUGCUGCUGCCCUCAGCUCGACAGCGCUGGCGGCCAGCGACUGCUACUGCCUGCCUGGCGAUAGCUGCUGGCCCUCUGAUACCAAGUGGGCGACGCUGAACACCACAGUGGGCGGACGCUUGGUUGCAACUGUUCCCAUCGGCACGCCCUGCCACGAUCCGACGUACAAUGAGACCGCCUGUGCUGAGUUGCAGGCGAACUGGUACCUGCCGGAGACUCAUUUGAGCUCCUCUUCCUCGGUCAUGCAGGCCUACUUCGCCAACCAGAGCUGCGACCCGUUUACUGCCGAGUCCCGGCCGUGUCUGCUCGGCAACUACGUGAGCUAUGCCGUCAAUGUUUCCUCCAGCGACGACGUGGUGGCGGCCAUCAAGUUUGCCAAGUCCAACAACGUCCGCUUCGUCAUUCGCAACACCGGUCAUGAUUACUUGGGCCGUUCGACCGGUGCCGGUGCUCUUUCGGUAUGGAUGCACCAUUAUAAUGAUAUCGAAUACGUGGACUGGUCGGAUCCCACCUACGAGGGCCCUGCUUUCAAGAUGGGCGCCGGUGUCAUGGGCUACCAGGUUCUCGACACCGUCAGUCCUCAAGGGUAUGUGGUCGUCGGUGGUGAAUGCCCGACCGUUGGUCUUGCGGGCGGAUACACGCAGGGCGGUGGCCACUCGGCGCUGAGCACAGCGUUCGGCCUGGCGGCCGACCAGACCCUGUCCUUUGAGGUGGUGACGGCGGCGGGAAAUGUGGUCAACGCCUCGCGCACGGAGAACGUGGAUCUGUACUGGGCGUUGAGCGGCGGCGGCGCGGGCAACUACGGUGUCGUCGUGUCGCUCACGGUCAAGGCGCACUCAGACGCCACCGUGUCGGGCGCGUCGCUGGAGUUCACCUCGUCCAACAUCACCACCGACGUCUUCUUUGAGGCCGUCGAGCGCUUCCACACGCUGCUGCCCGCGAUGAUCGACGCGGGCGCCACGGUCAUCUACGAGCUGGACUACGACACCUUCAUCAUCGACCCGGUGACCGCGUUCAACCAGACCGAGGACGACGUCAAGGCUAUCCUGGCCCCCUUCCUGGCCGAGCUCACCUCCCUGGGCAUCACGUAUGAAGUCGGUUACACGCAGUACGACUCCUACUACGACCACUACGAGAACUACAUGGGUCCGCUGCCGUACGGUAACCUGGACGUCAGCACCUACCAGUACGGCGGGCGGCUGAUCCCGCGGCAGACCCUCGAGUCGGACGCGGCGAACCUGACCGCCGCCCUGCGCAACCUGACGGCGAGCGGCGUGCUGGCCGUGGGUGUCGGGCUGGAUGUGUCAGAUUCCGCAGACUUCCCUAAUGCCGUGCUCCCCGAAUGGCGGCGCGCAGCGGUGACGAUGCAGAUCGGCACCCUCUGGAACGAGACGGCCCCCUGGGACGAGAUGAUCGCCAACCAGCUGCAGAUGACCUAUGAUUUCGUGCCCCAACUCGAAGCCGUCACCCCGGGCGCCGGCGCGUACGAGAACGAGGCCAACUUCCGCCAGCUCGACUGGGAGGAUACCUUCUUCAGCUCCAGCUUUGGAGCGCUGGCCGGCGUCAAGGCCAUCUGGGAUCCGGAAUCCUUCUUCUACGUCCUCAAGGGGGUGGGCAGCGAGGCCUGGACGGUGGAUGAGUCUGGCAGAAUGUGCAGGGCCUAG